UAUAUAUUUAUCGGUUACAAAUUACAAUUGCAGAAGAAAUGAAAACUUUGAAUCGAAAACAGAGUCCUUGUCUCUGAUCACUGUGAUUGAGCAGUGAUCGAGUUGCGAACUGCGAUUAUUCGCAUCACCACCGGUUCGCGAGCGUUGGUCGGAGAUGGAUACGUUACCGACGACGAAGCGCGGCGGCGGAGGGAGAUCGAAGCCCGUUCCGACCUCCAAAUCCUCCCUCGUCAUGGCCUUCUUCUCUUGCGUAGCCUGGCUUUACGUCGCUGGCAGGUUAUGGCAAGACGCAGAGAACCGAAAUUUACUUUCCGGACUUUUAAAGAAGAAUUCAGCUCAGAGGCCUAAGUUUCUUACAGUAGAAGAUAAAUUAAUGGUGCUAGGAUGCAGGGAUCUGGAGAGGAGGAUUGUGGAAGCUGAGAUGGAAUUGACAUUUGCUAAGAGCCAAGGGUAUCUCAAGGGGCAGGGCCAGAAAAGCGCCUCUUCUGAUCGUAGGCUUCUUGCUGUUAUUGGUGUGUAUACUGGAUUUGGAAGUCGGUUGAAGAGAAAUGUCUUCAGGGGGUCUUGGAUGCCCAGAGGUGAUGCCUUGAAAAAACUUGAAGAAAGAGGAGUGGUCAUUCGAUUUGUUAUUGGUCGGAGUGCUAAUCGUGGUGAUAGCUUAGAUCGAAAUAUUGAUGCGGAAAAUCGCUCGACAAAGGAUUUCCUGAUUCUAGAAGGUCAUGAGGAAGCUCAAGAAGAGUUGCCUAAGAAAGUAAAAACUUUCUUUAGCACUGCAGUUCAGAACUGGGAUGCUGAUUUUUAUGUGAAAGUUGAUGACAGCAUUGAUAUUGAUCUGGAGGGUUUAAUUGAACUUCUUGAUCAUCGCCGUGGCCAGGAUGGGGCAUAUAUUGGAUGCAUGAAAUCAGGAGAAGUGAUAUCAGAAGAUGGAAAGCCGUGGUAUGAACCUGAUUGGUGGAAAUUUGGUGAUGAAAAAUCGUAUUUCCGACAUGCAGCUGGUUCACUUGUUAUAAUUUCAAAGAAUUUGGCACAAUACAUUAAUAUAAACAGUGCGUCUUUGAAGACCUAUGCCUUUGAUGAUACAUCUUUGGGAUCAUGGAUGAUGGGAAUCCAAGCAACUUACAUUGAUGACAGUCGACUUUGCUGCAGUAGUAUCAGACAAGACAAGGUAUGCUCCUUGGCUUGAUUGGCCCAAUCACAAACACAUCCCUUGUGUGGGAACUCAUACAAUUUAUCUAAAGAAGAUCAGUGGCAGUUGAAGAUUAUGUUCAUUCUUUUAGAUGUUAGCAGCGAACUUGAAAGCAUAACUACAGAUUAACAAAGUUCAGUCAUUGGGUGCUGAAUUGAUAACUUCGGGAGUUCUUCUCUGUUAUUGUUUAUACAAAACAACUCUUGAUGACCAAAUAUUGAAGAGAGAGACCUAUAUACGAAAUAUUGAUGUAUUGAACAGCCCA